CGUACAGAGAGAGAGAAAGAAAGACACUGGUGAUUUUUUCGCACGUGUGCUUUCAGCUGUUCCUAUCUUUUUUCUUAUAUUUAGAAUAAAUUUGAGUACGAAAGUUUUAGUGAAUCAUGAUUUGUUCAUGAAAACGUUUUUAUGCAGGUUUCACACACAAAUUUGUGCAUACGCAUGCUUAGUGAAUGAGACCCAAUGAGGCAGAGAAAGUGGUCCAAAUAGCAGCAGAAAUGCUGUUGAUAUGAUUUACUUGAACAAAUGCUGUUGUCAUCACUGACAUGCUAGCCAUGGUGCAUAAUGUGAAUAUUAUCUAAUGUGAUAAUUGUCUGGUUUAUUCCUUAGUCUUGUGCUCAAAUCAGAAUACAGGCAGUUUACAUAUUUGUUGUGUGUUUUUCACUGAUAGAUGCAAAUUUUAGUGGUCAUUGCCAAUCAUGGUAUCUAAAGUAGUUACCUGUAAUGUAUAUUGAAACACACAGAAGGCAGUUGGAGUUUACACAUGAUUUAUUCUUGCUAAGCAAUGUAUAUUAAUACAAUUGCCAUUACAUGCCAUGUUGGAUACUCACCACUUUCAAGUUUUUAACAUCUAGGAGAGGAGGGACAAUAGUUUCUGAUUUUAGAACAUACCGUAAUGCUAUAUGUCAGAAAGGAGUACAACCCCUUUGUCUGAGCUUGUGACUAAUAGUUUUUCUGGUGCUGUUUACUGAAGUAAAGUAAUUUGAUGAUAAUGUGAUUGAGAAAUUUAUUUGGAUGUCUAAAUAUCACAUAUCAAAAGUAAUUGAAGAUCAAAUUAUUGUUACCCCUGCCCAGUGCUUAAUUUGUUAAUUCCGAGGUGCCGGAAUAAGGGGGCGUGGCAGAUCCGGCAAGUUAGUGGGGUGGGGAGAAGUAACAGAAUGUGCAAUCUCUGAGGGUUUUUCUAUCUAACUAUUUAGAUGUAUUGAAAAUGCGCAUUAAAAAGUGUAAAUGGAAACGGACAUGCAAAUAAAUAUACGCGGAAUAUUUGACAAUUAAGAUGAACAAAACGGUGACAAUAUGCUGCUGAGUUUGGUUCAGUUUGUGAGGCGCUGCUCUCCACUAAUAGGAGAUGACAUUAUGAUGAAUAUGUUGAAAAUGUUGAAAUAUAAUGCAAUUCCUUGCUGGGAAGAUUUCUUUGGCAUAUAUUCUUCCGCAUGAGGGUUGAGAGUAACUUCUUUGCCAGUCAUCACAUUUCCUUCAUCGUAAUACGAAUUCAUAUCAUUCGUGCAAGGUUUGAGAUACUGAGUAUUAGAAUUAUUUAAAACAGCAAUUUUGGCAGUAGCAGCUGCUAUUUUUGCAUCAAUAUCCAGUUGUUCUUGUCUGUGUUUCAGUUUUUCCUGUUGCAGCUCCAAAGCAUGUUUCUCCUUUAAAACGGUUGCACUUGCCAUUAAUGCAGCCUUCUCUGCCUCUGCCAUAAUUCUUGCUGAAGAAGCAGAAGAUCUCCCACUACGCACACUGCUCGAACUUUUCUUACUAGAGGGUUUACUUGAUUCAUGUGAGAUGUUUGAAACACGGUCUUCUGGAUUAACAUCAUUUUGAUAUGCAUUUUCAUCAACACCAGAACAUGAAACUUGACUUUCUUUACUCAACCAUUUCUCAACAUCAUCUACAAAGCCAUUGCAAAUCAACAUCUUUCCUUUGAACCAUGUUUGGUGUUUUUCCUUUUCUUCACCGGGCAAAAGAACCAUCACAGAAUUAUGCAUUUCCUCUGCUUCAUCUUUCAGUUUGAUGAAUUUCUCAAAAGAACACUGCAUUUGUGGAUAAGAUAAGCAAAACAAUUGAGCAUCAAGACGGACAUUACAAAAUGAAUCUUCCUUUCAGGAUGGAAAACCCCAUGUUGCCAAAUAACCUUUGCGUGGCUAAACAACGUUUAGUUGGAUUGAAAAGGAAAUUUGAAAGAGAAAGAGCUUUCCAUCAAGAAUAUAAAGAUUUCAUGGAUGAGGUAAUGAAGCAGGGUUAUGCCGAAAAGGUACCAUUGCAUCAGCUAAAACAGGAAGAAGGGAAAGUUUGGUAUUUCCCUCACCAUGGGGUUUAUCACCCCAAGAAAGUAACAUUAAGAGUGGUAUUUGAUUGUGGAGCUGCCUUCAAAGGUACAUCGCUUAAUGAACUUCUACAGGGUCCUAAUUUGACAAAUUCACUGUUGGGAGUUCUUGUGAGGUUUCGACAAGAGCCAGUUGCAUUUAUGACUGAUGUAAAGGCAAUGUUUCACCAGGUCAAAGUUGCAGCAGAGGAUGCAAAUUUUCUUUGUUUCCUAUGGUGGCAAGAUAAUGACAUAUAAGGCAAGAACCUGGGGAAUACAGGAUGAUCGUGCAUUUGUUUGGAGCCGUGUCAUCUCCAAGUUGUGCCUGCUAUGCUCUUUGCAGAAUUGCUGAAGACAAUAAAGCUGACUAAAGCUGAAUUGACACGAUUUACACAAACUUCUACAUGGACGAUUGUCUGAAAAGUGUAGCUUCAGAGCAAGAGGCCAUCUUGAUGAUCAUAGAUCUCACGGGUGUUUGUUUAACAGGAGAUUUUCAGUUAACAAAAUGGGUUCGUAAUAAACGUGCUGUGCUGCAAACUGUACCUGAAGAACGUAGAGCCCAUGGCAUAAAGUUGAUGGAUCUGGACAAGGAUCAACUACCAAUGGAAAGAGCUCUUGGCUUGUGGUGGUGUGUUGAAUCAGAUACUUUCAAGUUUAAGAUGACUAUCAAAGAUCAUCCAUGCACCAGGCGGGGUGUUCUAUCUACGGUAUGCUCUGUGUACGAUCCUUUAGGAUUUUUGGCACCAUUCACCCUCACAGCAAAGGUUCUCCUGCAAGAGCUAUGUAGGACAAGAUGUGGAUGGGAUGAUCCGCUACCUUCAAAUCUCCAAAGGUCUUUAUAGUUGAAAGAGCUUGAGACGAUUGCAGAAAUCAAAGUGGAUAGAUGUCUAAAACAAACAAGGAUGGACAAGCUUACUAGCGUUCAGUUGCAUCAUUUUGCAGAUGCAAGUACAUUUGGAUAUGGCACAGUAACGUAUCUUAGAAUGGAGACAAAACAUGAUGUUCACGUAACGUUCUUACUCAGCAAAGCUAGAGUAGCAUCUUUGAAACAGGUAACCAUUCCACGUCUUGAAUUGACAGCUGCUGUACUUGCUGCUCGAGUGGACAAAAUGUUGAGGGCAGAGAUACAGUUUCCAUUGGUGGACUCUGUGUUCUGGACAGAUGUACGUCUGUGUUAAAAUACAUAAAAAAUGAGGACAAACGAUUUCUUACCUUUGUGGCCAACAGAAUCUCUGCAAUACGAGAAAUUACAUCACCGUUACAGUGGAGAUACAUACAAACGUCUCAAAAUCCAGCAGAUUGUUGCUCCAGGGGUCUGAAAGCAGACCAUCUGUUAACAAAAGGAGAAUGGAUCAAUGUACCAGGCUAUCUGGGGAAACCAGUAGGAGAAUGGCCAGUACAAAUAUUUGAUUCUACUCUUAAAGCGGAUGAUCCUGAGGUGAAGAGAAACAUGUGUGUAAAUAGCAUAGUUGUGAAUGAAAUACCAAGUGCACAAAAUGCUACUCAUAGACUGAUAACUAAUUUUUCAUACUCUACAAAGUUGAAGGUUGCUGUUGCUUGGCUCUUAAAGUUAAAGAAAGUUUUGAAACAAUGGAGUCAAAAGCGGAAGGAAAUUAAAGCCUCUUUAGACUCUUCUGGAGUAUUAAUUUCUUCUAAGAAGCCAGAGAAAGAACUUAAAAAACUAACAGGCUCUGUGAUCACACCGCAUCUAACUUUGGAGGACCUGAAUGAAGCUGAAGGGGCAAUUGUUGCAUUCAGUCAACAACAACAAUUUAGAAAGGAAAUUGCUGCUCUGUCAUCUUCACCCGUUUCAAAUAUAAAAAGAGAUAACAAGUUGUAUAAAUUGGAUCCUGUCUACCAAGACGGUCUGUUGAGAGUUGGAGGAUGAUUAAGGAAAUCUGCUAUGCCUGAGGAAAGAAAGCAUCCGAUUAUUCUGGAUAAGGAUCAUCAUAUUGCCACACUCAUCUUGCGGCAUAUACAUCAACAGUUAAGUCACAGUGGAAGAAACCAUAUGCUUUCCAAACUGAGGAAAAGAUAUUGGAUCAUUAAGGGUAAUGCAGCUGCCAGAAAAAUCAUAUUUAGUUGUGGCCAUUGCAGACGUUUUGGAGUUAAGACGAGUGAGCAGAAAAUGGCAGAUUUGCCAAAGGAGCGACUUAUUCCAGAUCUGCCUCCAUUCACAAAUGUUGGGGUAGAUUAUUUUGGUCCUGUGGAAGCUAAAAGAGGACGUUCCAUCGUAAAACGUUAUGGAGUCAUCUUUACUUGCAUGACAAGUCGAGCCGUUUAUCUAGAGGUCGCCUAUUCUUUGGACACGGAUUCAUGCAUCAACUCUCUACGAAGAUUUAUUUGCAGAAGAGGGCAAGUAACUCAUAUAAAAUCAGACAAUGGUACAAACUUUGUUGGAGCUGAAAGGGAAUUAAAAGAAAUGCUGAGUUUAUGGAAUAAGAGCAAAAUUCAAAAGACAAUGCUACAGAAAGGUGUCCAGUGGAGUUUCAAUCCUCCGGGAGGUUCACAUUAUGGCGGAGUCUGGGAGCGUAUAAUCAGAAUGGUCAAAAGAAUUUUGAGGUCCAUCUUACAUCAGCAGAUUUUGGAUGAAGGAUUGCAAACUGUGCUGUGCGAAAUUGAGGCCAUUCUGAACGAUCGCCCAAUAACCAAGCUGUCAGAUGACCCUAAUGAUUUGGAGCCACUCACUCCAAACCACCUUCUUCAGAUGAGAAGUAAACCCGUAUUAUCCCCUGGACUAUUUGACAAAUCUGAAUUAUACAGCAGCAGGAGAUGGAAACAGGUUCAAUAUAUGUGUGACUUAUUUUUGGAAAAGGUGGACAAAUGAAUACUUGCAUUUGCUUCAAGAAUGGCAGAAAUGGAAUAAGGAAAGGAGAAACUUUGUUCCUGGUGACAUUGUUGUCAUUGUGGAUUCAACAGCUCCACGUGGCUCUUGGUUGAUGGGACGAGUUUUGGAAGUAUUUCCAGAUAAAAAUGGACUUGUACGUUCUGUGCGAGUACAAACUAAAACCAGCACACUCGAAAGACCUGUGACAAAGCUUUGUCUGUUGUAUGACAACAUGGAUAUAUAAUGAACUGAUUGCAAAGACUGUUUCAUUUCUAACCUACAGAGGACUGAUUAAUGCAAUGUUUACAGUGUUGCUUGGGCUUUAACGGCUCUUUGUUUUAACAUUGUAUUGAAUUGUAAUGUUUAUCUGUCAUGUACAAUUAGGGACCGGAGUGUAAGAGCCAUUAUGUCUGUUGUAAUUCUGUGUUUUACCACUGGGUGGAGUGUAUGCCUUAAUGAGUAUAUAGGUAGGCAAAGAGUAAGAGAACCAGGUGUGUGUAAUCAGGCGGAAGCACAACAUUUUUUGACCAUGUCUGGUGGUAAAUGUUUGGAGCCAUCCAAUUAAACUUUAUGGGCAUGGUGCAGCAGAAAUAUCAGAAAAAAUGACCUUUAUGAGCUGUGUGAUGAAUAAACCAGAUAAAGCAGUAUUUGGAGGAUGAAUUUAUUGUUUGGAUUUCACGCGUCAGAAACUACCCUACAACACCUCUAUUGACAAAUGGCAAUUCACGUCACUAUAUUUACUGUUGGUUACUAGGAUACAAAUACCACAGUGAUCUACUAGGAAAUUGAUGAAAACUAGGAUGCCACAAUUCUCAAUAUAAUAUUGAACCGUUCGCUUCGACCUCCACACUUCAAUACUUGUAUGUGAAUUGCUUUUUUUUUCAGGUUUUGCGUUUAAAUAAUUUCUGUGCGUUUUAUUACUCUCUGAUUUAUUAUGGACUGGCUCUGUCCGUGUUUGUCUGUAUGUUUGUGCACUGAGAUAGACAAAUGCCUCUACACGCGUAAAUAUCUAAUAACAAUGCGCAAAAGUUAGGGACGCUUGCGAUUCUGGUGACAGAUUUGAGCGGUGAAGUGAGGCUGCCUGCAAACAUGAGAAGCAAUUUGCUGUUAUAUGCUGACGAACAGACGUGGGCUGGCUAUCGGAUGCACCAGAACCUAGCGGCUUUAUUGUAUGCCCAUUGUACCAAUGUAAUAAUCCCCGAAUUUGGCAAAUCAAGAAUGUAUGUCAUCAGUUUUACACUGCAUACAAAAGCGGCACGUUCGCAUUGCUAACCCAGCACAUGCAGAGAGAGCGUCUACAGCACUGUGCUAAAGUCUGUUUAACGAAAGUCAUACCACUCGGUGCCCUUUCUGGGCAGCUAUUUACGUUAUAGCAAGACAACAGGCAGAUAUUUCUCAAUUCGCUGGCAAAAAAUCUGAAUUAAAUAUUUUAUUUUCAAUCAAUUAUUAAACCUGGCGAGAGGGUCACGUGGCCCGUGAGCGCGAUGGCGGUCUAGUGUUUCAGCUCCGUUUACCCUACUCUUUUUUCACUGAUAUAUCCAUGUUUUUUACAUUUACUCGUCACUUUGUUUUAUGAUUCAAAGUUGGGGAUCGACGACAUGACUACCCGUCAAAGCAAAUCGUCUGGUAAGCAAGUACAGCGCAAUCAACAGCAAGAGAAGAGCAAGAUGGAAGAAUCUCUCGCAGCCAUGAUCGCUUCCGCCAUGGAGAAACAACAAAGAUUUAUUGAUGCGCACUUUAAAACUUUGCAAGACAGACUGGAUAACAUUCAGUCGGAACUUUCCAGCUGUUCUAAUGGGGUGAGAGAGCUACGCGAUAGAUAUUCCAGCCUGAACAGCCGUGUCGGCAAAGCGGAGAAAAACUAUGACAAAUCCGCUGCCAGAUUGACGACAUUUGAGGAAAAAAUGGCAGAUUUGGAAGACCGGAGCCGUAGGGAUAAUAUUCGUAUUAUCAAUCUACCGGAAGGUGUAGAAGGCAAGACAAACCUAAAGGCAUAUAUCUUGGGAUCUCUACCUGUAUGGCUUCCUGCGCUAGCUGAGGCUAAACCGGAGAUUAUGAGAGCCCACCGUAUCGGCCCACCUAACAACACUGGCCGACCUUGCACGGUCAUCGCAAAGAUGCUACGUUACACUGAUCGUGAUUUGCUUCUGCGGACAUCCAGGAAGUCUUCAAUCAAGGUGGAUGGAAAAGACAUUAGGUUUGCUGCAGACUACAGUGCGUUCACUACAAACCGGCGUUGUUCGUUUGUGGAGGUAAUUAAGAAGGCACAGAAAAUAGGCUUUCAGACAUUCCUGAUGUACCCUGCACAGCUGAAGUUAACUCGAGGCUUGACUCAGCGCAUUUUCAAGUCUCAUUUAGAGGUUGAGGACUUUUUGGGUGGCUUGGCUACUCAGGAGAACGUAGAAGGGUAAAGUGACAUUACCUAAAGUACUGUUCUAAAGGGCUUUAGCCCCCUUUCUCUUUAAAAUAUUUUGUAUUCUGAUACAGAUGGUUAUACUGAUUGGUUAAUGGAUAUUGUUGGUUAUUAAGAUGUUAACAAUGAGUGGGAGGCAGUGAUGCAGGUUCUUCCGUCCUUCUCGGGGUCACGUUGUCCAUCGGGUGGUUAAUUGUUCUAUCGUUUUGUUAUUUUUAUGUUUCCCAUUUUUGGAGUAUACUUUGUAAAGUGGGGGGUUUUUUUUUUGGUGGGGGGUUUUUCUUUGUGGGCUAUGGUGACCAGGGUAGGUGGGGUUUUUCUCCCUUUGCAGUAUUUUAUUUGUCUGUGGUACAAUCUGUUUCUUCCUUUUUUGCUAUUUUACAGCGAAAUUAUGACAACAGAUAUUCUCCAUAUAGCCACUUGGAAUGUCAAUGGGCUGAAUAGUCCUAUUAAACGUACUGCCUGUUUGGAUUAUUUAUACAGGCAUCAGGUGGAUGUUGCAUUUAUCCAAGAAUCACACCUGAAGAAAUCAGACGUCCAAAAAUUUUCCAGAAUGAUGGGGAGCGAUCUGAUAGGAGGCCAUAAAGAUGUCCAGUAUCACUUUGUGGUUCUCAACUCUCCAAAAUAAGCUGUGUGGAGAGGAUGCUUUGAGUUGACUGUUGUCGUCAUCCUCUCUGCUGUUGACUCCAGUCAGUUUAAAACAAUAACAAUCUAGUAGCCAUCCUUACAGGUCAAUGUUGUAUCCCCCUAAAGUAGAGCAUAGUAUCUUUUCACCACCUCCACACUUUUACCCAGAUGAUAAGUCAGAUUCAUGGCCUCCAUUUUCCUUUAAAAUCCACCACCAUAUCACCCGUCAUCACCUGACUUCAGUGUAACCUCCAUCGAAGAGUCAUGUGAGAAAUUAAUACGAGUUACUAAAUUACAAGAAAUUAAACCAGUGUUAAAGGUCUGAAAGGUUUUUCUCCAAAUAGGUGUUGACUGAAUACAAACAAUUACUAUUGGUACACAAGUCAUUAUACAUACAUCAGAGCCAUUGAGAGAGAGAGAGAGAGAGAGAGAGAGAGAGAGAGAGAGAGAGCGAGUCGCGU